AUGCCGCCGAAGGUAGACGUGAAAACUCUCGCGGGAAAACUGGACAAUGCCGUCAAACUCUUGUACGAAUUAAUGGAAGAAUUCGAAACAAUUUUCUCCGUAAAACCGGAACUAAAAACACUUGAAGCAGCAUUCAGUUUAGUAGAAACCAAGUACAGGCUGGUCAAGAAACAGCAGGAAACAAUUCUGGAUAGACUGGUCGACGAAGGCACUGGCCCAGAAGACGAACUCGUGUUAGCAACAAAGAAAGCUGGAGACAAAACCAAAGCUGAUUUCCUUCAAAUCACUUUAAAGUUUGCUGCAUAUCAAAAGGAACAAAACUCCUCAGAAAAUUCUAACAAUGCGACAACUCUGGAAGCGCUAACAUUAUCAAUGUCGUCCAUGACGUCGGCGGUGCAGAAAAUGGCCGAUAACAUCGGAUCAAAACCGUCAAACUCAAGUUUACAACGAUUACCUGUACCAGUAUGGGACGGAACUCGCAGAACCUAUGCCACGUGGAAAAAGGAGUUCAGCCAUUGGAUGAAGAAAUACGGUCAGGAUAAAGAUGAACAAUUGCAACGUUUUCGAAAUGCAAUGCCAAAAGGAUCGUUCUGGACCGACCAAGUAAAAACUUGUAAAACCAUUGACAGCGCGUGGAUCAUUUUGGAUACAGAGUUCGCAGACAGACGAAAACUAAUGGACGAACUGCACACCGAGAUUAAUAAUCUUAAAGCAGUCAAACGAGAUUCUAAGUCCCGUCACGCAUUUCGCUACGACAAUAGCCUGUUAUGUAAGUGACAUGGAAGAUAAUGUUGGGUGUCCUGUGCUGGAGUCAGUUGAAGCGCCGUUCCUCAUGUCCCAGCUUCUGUCCAAACUCGAUCCAAGUGACAAUUCAGAUUUUGGUAGAGAAAUGAAAAGAGAAGGAAAAGAAGAAACCGUGAGCAAUCUAAUCACCUGGUUACAUCAAGAAGCGAGUAUUCGUUCCCGAGGGAAAGCGAUCACCAACACAGUGGAAAGAAAAGAAAUUCGCCGAGACAAAAGUCCCAAAAAGACAGAAAAUAACGCCGCUAACAGCGAGGAUUCUGACGAUGAAACAUGUCCUCUUGGCUGUAAGACCAAACAUCACCUGGCUGCAUGUCCUAAGUUUCAGAUUCUAACAGUCAAUCAAAGGUGGGAGGUUGUAAAGCAACAUUGGCGAUGUGUCUGAGAGCGCAUCACAGAAACGAUUGCAAGAAACCAGACGGCUCAACCUGCGACAAAUGCAGAAAAAACCAUCACCGGUGCCUACAUAAUGAGAAGACUGGAGAAACUAACACAAGUUUGAAUCCCAAAGCACCACCGUUUCAAAGUCAGUUCCAAGGGCCCACACCUACAUCGAAUGGUAACAUCCAGGGGAAUGCUGUGUACCAGAAAAGCAAGUUGAAACCUGUUACUGGACUUUGCCCUGUGCAAAAAGUUAAAGUCAUGGACAAAAAUGGAAACUUUGUCGAAGUUCUCGCCAUGUUGGACUCCGGGUCUAACACAAGCCUACUCUUCAAAAGUGCAGCUGGUCGACUUGGCUUAAAUGGAGCAGCAACACGUCUAACUAUGAAUCUGGCGGGUGGAAAGAAGAAAAGCGAACCUUCUGAAAUAAUCGAUGUCACGGUUGCCUCGCCCUCUGACGAAGAUAUUACGAAGACCCUUCAAGUGUAUAACGUAACUAGACCUUGCAGUAGUGCCAAAACAAUUUCUAAGGAGUCAGUGAGACAAUACAGCCAAUAUUGA